AUGGACCACCAUCGGCCGGCUGGCCUUUCUGAUCUGUUGGAUCUGCGCCAAACCUUACCGAGUGACUUCGACCACAAGCGCCGCUUCACCUCACCCUCACCUCCGCCCGCCCAUGGGCGCGUCGACCUAGCUGGGUCCUCGGGCGAGCUGCCUGCCCCAUCUCCAUCUCUCUUGCCCGCCUUGCUUCCCGACCCUGCUCCCGUGCCCGGCUUCGCAACAGCCACGCCGACGCCGACUCACGACCAGCCCCGGCCCGACUUGGCCAUCGCUGGAGCCCUUCCAUGCUCCAGUGUGUCUCUGCCCUCGUCGCCGCGCCUGCUCAAGUCGGCCCCCAGCCUGCGCCUGCCCUCAUUUGACCUGCUGGGAAUUGCCGCCCCGCAUCCCGACCGCUUCCAGCCCGACGCCGCCCGCUUCUUCGAGCCCGUAGGCGCCGGCCCUCUCUCCAAGCCAGACGAUCCGCUUCAUGCACGGAGCCCUACGGCCACGCGGAGCUCGGAGAUAGUCGACAAGCUCCCGCUGCCUAGUCCGCGCCUGGCGAAAAAAGACCAGCCCGCGACGACGCUGCCCACGCCGCCACCCGACCUGGGCGCCAAUUAUUGGGGCAACAUUUCCCAUGUCCGCACUACCGCCAUGGAAUCUCCAGCGAGGUCGGACCCGGAGAGGACGUCCCCUGGCAUUGUUCCCCAGCCCGUCGUCGUGCCUGCACCGCAACAUCCACCCGCCGAGACCGCUCCGCGGGAGAGCGACCGCGCCUUUGGCUGGCUCGACGACGGCCUGCAGACCAUCAUCGCUGAUCUGGGCGCCGUCACUGGAUCCAGCAAUUUCGUCAGAAUCCUCUCACAUGCUCUGCCCUGCCCCUCGCCCAAAGGGCAGGCUUUCCCGCAAAUAAUCCAAGCCCUGCACCAAGCAAUACCCCCCGCCUCGACAGUAUGGAUCAACGUCUUCCACGCCGUCCCCGGCCGCUUCAGCAUGGCCGAUCUGCCCACCUCACCACCAAGCACGCCAGGCCCGCCGGUAGGAGGGGAGGACUACUUCACCACCAAAGUGUUCGAUAGCGCUGUCCAGGUCACGGACUACGAGGGCGAGGUGAAAGCUGCGCGAUCGCCGCGACCCGUCGUUCCGCCGGGCUCGGUCGAUGUCUCCAUCGUCGAGCGCUACAUCCCGCCAACGAGCCCCUCGGAAUUCGCCGGACUCUACUCGACGAGCGGGUCGCGAUCGCUACUGCUGGACCGGCUAGCCGAAAUAUCAAUCGAUCAUGGCCACUUGCUGUUCAUCUAUCCAACCAGAACCGGCGGCCGCGCUUUCAUGAACAGCUACCUGGGGCCCGUCUUGGACCCCAUUCUCCGCUCCAUGCACGUCGUUCAUGAUCUGUCUGCCGAUCUGGGCUCGUCAUUGGGCCACAUGGCCGCGGUGGAGCACCUUCACGAAUUCGAGGACAUGUAUCGGCGACUGGGGACCUUUUUGCAUCACCUGAACAACGGGAGAACGUCAGACCGCUUCAAGCUGGCUGGGUCCCACUUUUCCAUCGUAUACGCGAAAAAACAAGAGGCGCGUCUUUCAAGAGAGGUGUGGGCAAGCGAUUGGUGGAUCAAGCAGGAAAAGCCCAGAGUUCGGGACGCUGUGAGCAAAUAUUUCCGUCUUGCCCACAAGCUACCACCGGAAGACCGGGUGAUGCCCACGGCUUUGAUCCAAGAGCUUCUGGACGGCGUUGCGGCGAAGCCCUACGAAUUCGGGGAGCCAAAGAAAGGAGUUGAAGUCGGAGUCUUCGUAAUCAGGAGGUCAAGGUAA